AAGUGAGAACACCAUUCAUCAAUAAGGUUCAAGGUAUACAAAUUAAACUCUCAAUAUAUUAAUUCAUAUGAUUGCUUUAAUACUAAGAAUUGAGUUUUAUUUAUCAUGUUUUAAUAAUAUCAAUCUCGAUUAUAAAAAGUCAACUAUUAGUUCCAAACAAAAUCUAUUUAACUAUUUAUCAAGACUAGGGGUGUCAGUUCGGGUCGGGUUCGGUUACCCGAACCGAAACCCAAAAAAACCAAAAACCCGAAACAAAAAAUCACUAAAACUGAAUCCGAAACCGAUAAGGACUUGCGGGUUCCGGUUACCCGAAACCCAAAAAUUCCUUAUCGGGUUCGGUUAAAGCAAAACCGAAACCCGAAAAUCCGAACGCCUAAGAAUACGGGUUGAGUUCUAUUCAUUGGAGGUUUUUAGCCGGAACCCGAAAAAUCGAUAAGCAAAACCGAACCCGAAACCGAAAAACCCGAAACCCAAAACGAACCCGAACCCAAAAAACCAAAAAUAUAUAUAAUCGGGUCGGUUUCGGGUAAACCCGAAAAACUGAACCCGAAUGGACACCCCUAAUCAAGAUAUAUCAUCGAAAUAGAUAUCUCAAAAUAUUUCGACCAACGGACGGGUAUAAGCUAGUAAAUAUAUUAUAGUGGAGUUAUAGGCGGUUAUUCAACUUUUUGAAUUUCCUGAUCAGAGAAUGAAUUUAGGAGAUCCUUAAUUGUCAUUUAACUCAGAUUAGUUUUACUUUAUUUUAAAAUUUUAUUUUCAUAAUUAUUUCCUCCCUCCUGUAUACACGGCAACGUCAUUUUUUCGCACUCGACCACCCUCUUUAUUUUUUUUAUGUAUAUCCGUUUUCUUUAUUUAGUAACUGUAUUGUUCUUUUCUUUAAAUUUUUAUAUAUACCUUUUUUUUUAUAUAACGAGGAUAUGGAACUGUGACGGAAAAUGAAGUUGUUUUAACCUUAUUCUAAGCACUUUUUCUACCAAAAAUAAUUAUUUUAAACACUUAAAUAAAUCAAACCCACCUUUGUUAUUUCUUUUUUGGGUAAAUACAAUUUAUUAGCCAAACCUUUCGUUUUAAACAAAAUAAUAGCCAAACCUUUCAAAAAACAAAAUAAUAGCCAAACCGUUAACUCUCCGUCCGGUCAAUUGUUAGUUGACCGUGACGUGGCAAAAUUUUAAAUGAGAUGGAUAGUUUAUGAUGAUGUGGCAAAAAGUCAAACAUUUGACUAUGUCACAUGGAUAUUAGAUAAAUUUAUCAAAUAAUAUUUAUUUUUUCAAAAAGAAUAAACUAAAACUUUAUUUAUGGUAAAUAAAACGAAAAAUGAAAAAUGAGAUUUCCCUUCCUCUCUUUCUCUUCACUCUGCCCUGACCGUCGUCAGUCUUUCAGGUCGCCGUCGCCGAUUCGUCUACCAAAUCACCACCAGAGAAAGGAAGGAAAGGGCCCAUGUCGUCGUGCAGAUCUGGAUUUUAAACGAUUUUGUUUCCCUGAGAUCUGGGUUUCUUCAAGAAAGCCCGCUGCAGAGGUUCAACUCUCCGAUUUGGGCAGUGUCGCCAAGAAGGAAGGAGAAGUCGCGCCGUUGCCGAGGAGGAAGGAGAAGCCGAGUCGCAUCCGUCGAUGAAGGAAGUCACCUUGCCGCUCAUCGUUGUCGCACCCAACGGAGGAAGAAGGUCGCGUCGAGGAAGGUCUCCUCAGCAGCGUAACCGGAAUCGGAAUCCGAUGAUUAUUCCUCCGCUGGUUCCAACUACUGGGCUGGUUCUAUGUAAUUGGCCGAUAUUCCCGCGACGAUGAAGGAAGAUGAAGGGAAAAAGGAGGAGGAAGGGGUACCUAAAUCCGUCGUCUCCUUCAGAGCUCCGUCGUCUCGCUCCGUCGUCUCCUCGCCAGCGCUCCGACGCUUCGUUCGCCAAAAUCCCCGGCCUGGGAACACGGCCGGGAGCAACGCUAGCCUUUUCCGGCUUUCACAUGACGAGGGACGAAGCCGGCGCCGUUGAUUUUGGUUCUGUGGUGGGCGAUGGGUUUGGUUUCGCCGGAGUCGUCGAGGGCUUCUUCUUUGUGGGAGAAAAUCGAACGGGGAGAUUGGGUGGAAGAGAGUGAAGAGAGAGGGAGUGAUUAGAUAAUGUUUCUGAUUUUCCCCUUUUCUUAUUUCAUUUUUUGGUUAAUUUUAAUUAGGUGCCACAACAGAAAAAAUGUGCCACGUGUACAGUUUCAUUCCACGUCGGAGUCAACUGACGGCUGACCAGACGGAGAGUUGACGAUUUGGCUAAUAAAAUGUUUUCGAAAAGGUUUGGCUAUUAUUUUGUUUUAGGGUGAAAGGUUUGGCUAUUAAAUUGUUUUUACCCUUCUUUUUUUCUUAGUAACUCACCUUUGUUAUUUCAAACAAACAUAUAAUUAUCGAUUAAUUUGAACGGAAUGAAAUAUUAAGAUUACUCAAUAUGAAAGUUAUGCCUAUGAUAUUCUAUCAAUGUAAUUUAUAUGCAAUAUGUGGUUCUUACUAUGAUCACUUCAACAAUUUUAUCAAUCACACUCAUUUCAUUUUCAUUUCACCUAUAUUAAUACAAUUCAUUUGCAAUUUCAAUAGAUAAGCAUAACGUAAAACUUUAAUGUAAUAAAAGCAUAAAAUUUGAAAUAAUUAAAAGUAAUAAUAAAUGAAAAGAAGACUGGUUUAUUUGAGAUUAAACGAAUCUCAUAGUUUGGGUAAGAAAAUUAGGGACUAGAGUUCACUCAUUAGAGGUUAGGUUAUAGUGUUAUUAAAGCCGAACCAUUCGGACCGACCGGUAAAACCCCCACCCGGUCACAAAAUCGGCUCGAAACAAUCUAAAAGCGGCUCCGGUUUUAUGUAGCGGUUGGCGAGUGGCCGAGGCGGUUAACUGUUCGAGCCGCUCGUCCGGCUUUUGCCAUUCAGCCACUAAAUUUAAUUAAAAAAAUUGCAAAAAAUUGAAAAUUGAAAUAAACAAAAAACGUCGGGGUCUCAAACUGAAUCCUUAUUUCCAUUUCACAAUUUCGAAGGAAAGAGAUGAGCUCUCAUUAAAAAAUGUCCACUAUUUUUACUGAUAACGUUUAUUAGGUAGCGGUUCUCUAACGGUUUUUAAACGGUCUAAUGCCGGUUGGACGACUAAAGUGCGAGUCGUUCGCAUUACCGGGUCAUGCUCCGGUUCGGUUCUGACAACAUUUGUGUCAUGGCCCAAACUCUGGUUAAUUCAUGGUCUAAAUAGCAAAACUUGAUGGACGUACAAUAAGAUAAGCGUACGCUUGGUAUACACUAGCCUAUAGUCCAAAUGAUUUAACUGUUAGAUGUACUUCGAUGAGCUCCGACCAAUCUCAAUGGUCAAUUAUUAUUUUCUAUUAAAUUAAACUUUGGGUUUGGAUUUAGAGAAUUAGUGUGGGGUUAAUCCAUUAGAGGUUAGGGUAUAGUAUCAUACCCCAAAUUCGGAAUUGAUCGUCAAGAUAGAGAUUUCUCACUACAACAAGUACAUAGAAUAUAGUAUAUUUCAUGAAUACACCAGUCCAAACAAUAUAUGUAUUUUUAUGGGGCAAAGGCGAGCAUACGCCAGCCUGCGUUCACACCAAUUGUUUGUACUUGAAUAAUUCCGACGAAUCAAAAUUCUUGAUUUUUAUUUUGAGAUUAAAUGAAUCUUAUAGUCUGGGUUAGAAAACUAGGGACCGAAACUCACCCAUUAGAGUUCAGGGUAGAGUAUCAUGCCCAAACAUUGACUAAUUCAAUAUGUAAAUAACUAUAAUAGAAGUGUGUACGAUAAGGUAAGUGUACGUUAGGCGUAUGGUAGCUUGAAAUAUAGGGUUAGAUUGGCGUACGAUAAGGUAAGUGUACGUUAGGCGUAUGGUAGCUUGAAAUAUAGGGUUAGAUUGGCGUACGAUAAGGUAAGUAUACUAUACUACUAGAGUAUACCAGUCUAUGGGUUAGACUGGUGUACUUCUAGAGUAUAUUAUACUUCAGGUACUCUUAGUGAGAUAUCUCUAUCUUGAUUCUCGACCAUGAUUUUAACCGAGUUUGAGGUAUGAUAAUAUGCCCUAAUCUCUAAUGAAUAAACUUCAGGCCU